GGACCGUUAACUAGGCAGCAAUUAACCAAGCAAAUCUCUAGCCGGUUGACGUGCAGCCCUUUUGACUUUAACGUUUUAUCAAUAUUUUAUCUAGUAUUUUUUAUCCUAAACAGGCAAGAUGAACGCAAACAACAUGCUUUCCGCUAACAAAGUCAAACAGCACGGAAUGACGUCCAACCGAUGGACCACAAAAGACAAAAUUACUCAGUACAAAGGCCUGAUUAAGCUGUACACUCGCGACCGGAAAAUUAUGGAAGUGGACACCGGUGUGGCUGAAAAGAAGCAAAUCAGGGAGCUGAAGAAGAUGCAAAAGGAAAUCGAGCAGAACAGAAAAGAUCUGGAUAAUGCCAUCCGUGGCGACAAGCAGAAGUUGAGAAAUACGUUGUCGGAUCACCGGGAAAUGCAGCUGGCUUAUCAAAACUCCCAGCCACAAAAGGUGAUUGAAAUGGUGGAGCAAGUUAACUUCAACAAGAGAAAAUCGCGGGAUCUUCUACAGUACAAAAAGAAGCUCAAAACCCAAGAGCUGAUCGACUUGAAGCUGAAAUACGCUGAGCUGGAAGACAUCCUGCGAUUUGAAGGCCUAAGCUGGGCCAGCAUGUUGCCCUGCGAAAGACAAGCUCACAUUAUCACUGGAAAAGUGCAGGAUGCGAUUUUAAAAAAGGAAGCAGCCAUUGUAAUCAGACACUCCUAUAAAGAAAUGAUUGCCAUUAUGAAAAAGGACGCUCUAUAUUUCGAUGCAAUACUAGAAGCCAUUCGAAAUGACGGUUUAAGUCAGGGCAAGUGCAUGAUAAAUGCGACCAAACUAGGACAACUUGCCACCGAAUAUCUGGACGAUCGUCGCCAGGAGUUUCAACAUCUUGAAAAAAUCAUCAAGCACGAUUUGACCUCUCGAAAGCACGACUUGGAAAGCGUUAGCCAAAGAGUGCAAAGCUUCGGAGCAAACGUGAAAGAUCUUCUUAGAAGAGACAGCGACAUUAAUCUGGGAAAAGUCCAACUGCACCCUUCGGAAAGCUUCUUGGAGCUCCAAAGUAACAUAAGAGACGUGGAAACGACAUUAACGUACUUAAAAAAUGCAAUUUUCGUCCCGAAUCUGGAGGCAAUAUAUCCGUGUCUUCAGGAGCAGCUGGCUCAGAAAGAACGUCUCACUGCCAUGGUGGACAAGUGCGAAGCAAACCGAAACGAGCUACUGAAGAAAACCAGCCACGCCGCUAUUAUUCAAUCAGAAAUGGAGUUUACAAUGAUUGAAACUACAUCUCAGUAUAAACAAACCAAAAAAGAGCACUUGCAAGAAAUUGAGGACCAGACCGAACAUAUUCGACAGCUGAACAAAUCCAUUGAAAGCAGGCAUAACUUGAUGGCCAAAAUUCGCAUCUCCCUGAAACACCUACAACUGUUGUCUACACUGCUCUCAUACAAUGGGAAACCGUCUGCGAAAAAGAUCAAAUACUUGGAGCAAGGUUUGCCCCCGAUACCAGAUGAAGAGGAAAUUGAUGGUUCGAAGAUAAUACCGGAUUUGGUAAAGAAGUUCAGCAAGCUGGCUCAAAGCUCCAAAGAUUUGCUGAAAGGAAGUGAGCGAGACGAGGCUUACAAACUAUUUGAGCACCUGAUGUAUCAAUCAACCAAGACUAUCAAAGAAUUCCAGGCAAUUAGCGAAGAGUCUUUAAUAGAAACAGUUUUUAUCGACCCCCAUGUGCUGUCCAGGGACGAUAUUAAAAAGCAAAGCGAGGAAAUUGUCCUAGCAAAUCAAGUGACUGAUGAUCUGAUGCCAGACCAAAAAAAGAAAAAAAGUUAUUGAGUUUUUUCUCGUACUUAUAUAGAUUAUUUUUGAAAAUA